CUUGUGAUAUUCCUGGUAACUCAUAAGUGACUACCGGAGCUCAUCCAGCAUCUGCCCCUUCGUCAUCUGACACCAACUUCAACUGCCAUAGUAGCCGUCUCCCGCUGCCGCAAUUGGAACGACUUCGUAUCGCCUGUUCGUAGCUUCCACUUUUCUGCGUGGCCUCUCAGCUUUUGUCGGGUUCGUCCGGCAUCACCGGCGCUGGGAAUCUCUGACAAGGUGAGGUCCUUCUAUGUUAAUACAAACUUUGACUAUGAGACUUGCUAGCAGCUGUAUAAAAUUGAAGCCACUUCUUGUAUUCUCUCCAACCCCUCAGCGCAUUGACAAAACCCUCGCUUUCCGAAACCAAUUCAGAGCCAGACACUUUGUGUUUUUGCGCUGCAAAGCGACAAUGACUGAGCCAGUGGUGGUUCAAGUGAAGGAGAAGAUUGAGUUAACGGACACCGAGAAGAAGAUAUUUGAUAGCCUCCUCAACACUCUUCGCCACUUUAAUCUCAAAACCGAGCUUCGUGUUGCUGGUGGCUGGGUCCGUGACAAGCUUCUGGGGAAAGAAUGUUACGAUAUUGAUAUUGCUCUUGACAACAUGUUGGGAAGUGAAUUUGCCAAUAAGGUGGCUGAGUAUGUAGCAUCCACGGGUGAAAAGCCGCCUUCAGGCUUAGGGGUUAUACCAAGUAAUCCAGAUCAGUCUAAACACUUAGAGACAGCAAGGAUGUACCUUUUUGAUUUAUGGAUUGAUUUUGUAAACUUAAGAUGUGAAGACUACAGUGAGAAUAGCCGCAUUCCAACAAUGAAAUUUGGUACAGCAGAAGAAGAUGCUUAUCGAAGGGAUUUGACCAUUAACAGCUUGUUCUAUAAUAUAAACACCAGCUCCGUUGAAGAUCUCACAGGAAGAGGAAUUGAAGAUCUAAAAUCUGGAAAAAUUGUGACACCAUUGCCACCAAAAGCUACAUUUUUGGAUGACCCCCUUCGAGUUCUUAGAGCUAUUCGCUUUGGUGCAAGAUUUGGAUUCAUAAUAGACAAAGAGCUAAAAAAGGCUGCUGCCUGUGAUGAGGUGAAAACUGCUCUUGCAGCCAAAGUUAGCAAAGAGCGCAUUGGAACUGAAAUUGAUCUCAUGGUUUCUGGCAACCAACCAGUUAAAGCAAUGACCUACAUUGGUGAUUUGACCCUUUUUUGGAUUGUCUUUAAUCUUCCUCCUAAAUUUGAGCCUGCAGUAUCAGACGGAUGUGACAGGCUUUGCAUUGCUUACUUGGAUGCUGCUUGGAACCUUACCCAAUUAAUAGGGCGUUCAAACUUCAGUGAUGAGCAGAGAAGGCUUUCACUAUAUGCUGCUCUAUUUCUCCCAUUCAGAGAGAUCACAUAUAAGGAUAACAAAGCAAGAAAGAUACCACUUGUCAAUCACAUUUUCAGAGUGUCUCUCAAGCGAAAAAUCAGUGAUGCUGAAACAGUAAUAAACAUUCACAAGUCGUUGGAGAAGUUCUUAUCCCUGAUUCCAUAUCUUGUAUCAGCUGAGGAUGUCAAACUUGUUGAAGUUGAUUGGGGUAAAGAGUUGGUUGAUGACUCUGUUCCUUCGAAACUGCGAGUUUUGACAGGAUUUCUUCUCAGAGAAAUCAAAGAAUUUUGGCGAGUUGCCUUGUUGAUGUCCACCUUGUUAUAUCCCCCUGACGUUGAUCAUACGGAUGACAUUCUAAGCAAGCAAUUCCAACUGGACAAAAGACGAGAUUUAUUUGAGGCAGUUUCAAACGCCAUUACUAAACUGGGUCUUGAGAAAGUGUGGGAUGAGAAACCUUUGGUUAACGGGAAAGAGAUUAUGAAUGUUUUGCAGCUUAAAUCUGGAGGCCCACUUGUUAGGGAGUGGCAACAAAAACUGCUUGCAUGGCAACUUGCCUAUCCCUCUGGGACAGCUGAGGAAUGCCUUGGCUGGAUGAAGGAAACCAACUCCAAACGUGUAAAACUGGAGUCUGGCAAUUAACUGAUUGAUCUUAAGCUAUAGUUAGCAGUAGUUAUUUGGAUUAUACAUAUUUUCCCUUAUUUAUGAGAUGCUGAGGCAGGAUAAACACUAAUGCCCUUAAACAUCCAUUGGCUAGGGAUGCCUGAGUUCGUUACAAUUGCAGUGAGAUUGGAUUGGUGUUGUUUUACAGCAAGGAGAUGUUAUUUUCAAUUGGGUCAGGUGUAGAGGGAAGGGAAGACAAAAGAUUCAGGUUAAUGUCUGAACUAAAACUUAUAUUAGAUACCGACACAGCUUGUAAUUUAUAUUGAUUUUGUAGUGUCUAGUUUCAACUGUAAGAGUGUCGUUAUUAUUCUGCAUUUCUGAUUUGGUAUAUUUUCAGUUCCUUAUUCUUUUGCCAAUGGUAGUAAAAUACGUUUGAUUAGGCGGCUAAA